UAUGUUCAUAAUUUAUUACGACUGUAAUACUUGAUUGUUUUGUAAAGUAGAUUGAUAAUUAGAAUAUAUAGGUAAUGAAAAAAGGAAAGUUUCGUUCCGAUGCUUCCAUUUCUACAAAAUCUGACAUACAGUUUAAAGAAGAAAUCUACAUACCGCCACUUGAUGUGUUGACUGUAAAAGUGUUGAGUUUACGAGAUCCAGAUGAAAAUCCUAAACAAUAUGCCAUUAAAAUAACGUUUUUCGAUCAGUUGUUAUUGACAGCAGUCAUCAAAUCUGUGGGAAAUAGAGAAACAACAAAAAAAAGUCCAGUAUUAGCUAGUGGUGACAUGAAUUAUGAUCCAUCUGACUAUGAGAAAAUGUGCCUUAUUGCCGACUGUCCCUUAGUUGUAUACGUCCAGCCUCUUAAAAGUAUUGAAUCAAACAUGUCUGGAGAAAUGGAGGACAGUUUAAAUUCAAAUCCGAUUGUCAAAUGCGUACCGGAUAUAAGCUGUUGUAACAUUGAUAUCUUGUCGAUCUUUUUGAAUCAAGACAAACUGUGUAUAAGUAAAAGCAUGGAACCAAUGUUUGCACCUUCAGUAUUGCAUCAGAAAAGUUGGGACAAUUUACUUUUACUCACAAUAGAACUUUCUGUGUUACGGAAUCCGCUGAAUGUGCACCAUCACAGAUUAUUGGAGAAAGCCAAUUACAUGAAGUUAACGGUUGUAGCUUCUUACAAUAUGAUAAUACCUUAUAAUGAAGAAUAUAUGUACACUGCCGCUUCAAAAACGCCUCUAUAUAACGAAACGAAUACCGGUCUUGUAACAUUUAAUCAAGGUUACAGAAUACCAAAGAGAUUUCAAUGCAAUAAUUUUUAUCCUAAAUGGGAAAGUCUCAGACUCGGCGAUGAUGUUUUUACAAAGGGAGAUGAAAUUUUUUGUAUUAAUAUAGAAGAUUUAUAUAAUCCCAAUGGUAUAGACGUGAAUCGACAUAUUCAUAGCUCAAGAAAUCCUUACACGACAGUGUGGGGCUCGUUUCAUCGUACUCUAAUGCUAAAGGAUAACACCUGGUUAUGGAACCAUCUACGACAUUAUAAGUGGCCGUUGGAAGUACAUAUGUAUGGAGAACAUGGCGGCUAUAGUUUCAUGGCUUUUCUAGACCUAUUUAAACUACUUUACCCCGGAGAGACAACGCUCCGUUUAAUUGUGCCUUUACAAUGGAUAAAUAGUCAGACAAUGAUGGAGAACUGUGGAUGUAACUUACUGCUCACACCCAAUGAAAGAGCACCUUCAACUUCAGGCAGUACACAAAAACCUAACAAGACCACUACCGACUCUACACCGGCCAGCACGAGCACUGACAUAGGAUAUACUACCAGGCCUACAGGAGCCAAUGAAAAUUCUGCUUUCGUUAUUGUGGAAGUCAAAUUAAAAAACCCUUUUCAGAAAGCAGUUAUACCGCCUCAUAUCACUAAUUCACAAAUAGAAGAUAUGUUAAAAGAAAUGGAAGGUGGUUCUAAUAAAAGAGAAUGCACUGGACGCGGUCAGUUAGACAGGGAUUGGCACGCGACUGUUCGAUCCGCUGUCAACUCUUUACGAAAAGUUCCCCAUUAUGGUAAGACUGAAUUUUGUAAUUUCAACCGUCAGUUGAGCGAGACACGUACCCGCGUGGAGCUAACGACAUCGUUUUGGCAGGACGCUGCCGUAUACGUGAAUAAUAACUUCGUUGUACAAGAUUUCCUCUCCACCGAUGAACUUUACAAGGAGAUGUUAAUGAUGGCACAUGCGUGCCUCAUGAAAACAACUUGUGAAACCCUUGUGGGUGCAGAUAGUCCACACGGAAUGGAUCCAGUUCUAAGAGCAGCGAGACAUGCUCGACACUUGCAAGACAUACCACACGCAACAGAACUUUAUCUCCAGUUAGUAGCAGAAAAACCUCGCGAUGCAGACUACUGGCGAGAACUAGGUACCUGUUUAUUGGACGUAGAUCGAGACUGGGCUAAUGUUUGCAUUAAUAAAUCAAUUGAACUUAACCCCAGGCACCCCCUAACGCUCCUGUCUAAAGCGUCUAUCAUAUUUGAAAACAGUCCUGAAGCAGCUGAGAUAUUUUUCGUAGCUUUGUUAUCAUUGUACCCGUUUUGGUCAACCGGUUGGGUUGUUGCUAACGCGUACUAUUCAGAUCGGCAACUUUUUAAUAUGGCGGACGAAGUCAUGAUCUAUAUUAAAAAGAGUCAGGCAAAAGGCUAUACAGAUGUUUUAGGCUUUCUAAGAUCUUGGGACCACGAACUUGGUGAUUGGUGGGACUACACGCCACUGUUGCCAGAAAUGUGUCCAUACUACGACGCAGCCGACCUCUUAUUGAGAUUACGAGCUGUAACAUUGGCAGAGGUGUGUGUGGCAAGAGCACUGUCUGAAGCGGGUGAGACGGCCGCCUAUUUCCACUUAGUAGCAUUAUGUUAUCGACUGCGUGGCGACAUCGACGAAGCUCUUUGUCAUAUCCGUCGGGGUAUACAGAAGUUUGGUGAAAUUAGUUACAUGAGAACCUUAGAAGCUGAGUGCCUACACAAGAAUAAAGAUUACAAUGCUUCUAUGGCUUGCUUGGAAAAAGCAGGCACUUGUAUUAGCGCUUAUAGUAUACUGCUAGCAUUGCCGAACUAUGAGCCACAGCGAGCGCGUUCUGUCUUGGUAGAUCUUAUACGUAGAGAACCAAACGCAUACGCUUGGAUGGCAUUCGCUGAUGACUGGAUAAAGCGAGCAACAGAAAAAGGUGGUGAAGCCGAUACAACGGAUGACAAGAAGUUAGUUAAGUCGUAUGCAGUGGCAUGUGCUGUACAAGCGCUGAAGCUGGAUAGGCGAGCAGGCCGAGCGUGGGCGUUGCUUGCCACGCUAGCGACACCGAACGCUAGGCGUCAGCAUUACAGAAAUAUGGCUAUAGCUUGUGGUUACCAGUGGGUGGACGAAUAUACGGAGAUAGCCUACCUCCCUUACCAACGGUCAUUUUGUAACAAGGUGGGCACUGCUUUACAGGAGUGUCGAUGUAAACUAUGCAAACAUCUGCAAUUUUAA